AUGAGACAUGUGACCCUAUAUGUGGGUCCUGUCAUACAGUGUUACAACUGCUUGAGGUAUGGCCAUACCAAGGUUAACUGCAGUAACCCUGUUGACCCCAAACGCUGUAGAAAUUGUGCGAGUAAUCACAAUGAGGGUGAGUGCCCUGAUCCUAACAACCCGAAAUGUGUCUUCUGUUCUGGAAAACAUGCAUCAACGGAUCGUAAUUGUCCUGAGUUCCUACGUCAGAAGAAAAUCAAUAAUUUAAUAGCUGUAGAAAAUAUAUCCUACUUUGAGGCUGUUAAACUCAUCCCCAAAACUUAUAAUGUAAACCUAUCGACUCAGGACAAUUAUUCCCCUUCCCAACAAUUACGCUCACAAUUGUUUCCUCAGCUCCCCUCUAGGGCUACUAAUACAAUAGAGGAUUCAACAAUUGUCUCUGUGCACAAUAGAAGAACUCUACUUAACUCUCGAUCAACUCUAGCUCCUUCCUAUUCAGCAGUCUUAGGUAAGAAAAGAAGGAAAAACCCACAGUCCCCAGGUUAUGAUCAUGACCUCCAUGAUUCCCAACUUUUAAACAUCUCCCUUCCUUUAUCGCCCAUCGUAGGCAACAAACAAUCUACCCAAUCUGCUUAUGACUUUUCAUCAGAUACAACCCCAUUGGAUUCAGAUCCUUCUAUCUCAGAUAAUGAGAUCUUAAGUCUAAUUUCAAAGCGUCUUAUGGAUAAUAAAAGUUCAGAGUUAUUGAACAAUAUUGUUGAAUUAUUGAAAAACAUUAUACCCCAGUCCCCUGAAACUAAUAACAUCCCUUCCACUCCUUCAACUUCCCAGUGA